GCGGAGGAGGAAGGCGGUGGGGAGCGUCCGGGUAAGAGGAAGACACUGGAGUCAGAGAGAAAGCGAGGCGGGUAGGUUGGUCGCCAGUUAGCAAGCAGACGUGUGUACAGAUAUAUUUGGCGUCACAGAAAGAGAGAGAGAGAGAGAGAGAGUAGACUACCAGUCAGCAAAAUAACUAGAAUCGGCAGCAGCGCGAAAGGAGAAGGUUAGUUACAGGUUUUGUAAAAGGCGAGAGGACAAGGAAAGGAAAAUAUAUUAGAUAGGCCUACAUAUUUCUAUAACUUUGUUGUAGCAUAAAUACGUAACGGCAUGCUGUAGCAAGCGCUCAGAACCACACCACAGCAAGGACGAAGAAAACGGAGACUUAAAUAAAUAAAGGACACAAUCACGCACGGAGACCACACGGGAGAUCUGAUUUCGGACGUUAAGGAACGACGAUUGGAAGCAACCACCUCUACCGCGUCAUAUGCUUAUCGGAAUACGAAUGUGAGAUUGGAUUACCAUCUUAAUUUGCCACCGAAACAAUUUGAGGGACUUUCCUUCCCACUAAUAUGGAAACUCAAGUCAUUCUCUUGAUAUUAGGCCUCUAUCUGAGCAGCGGAGUGCAAUUGGAUGCACAAUGCCCCAAGGGAUGGACCCUCCAUAAUAGAAAAUGCUUAAAGUGCCCGGAUGGAUUUGUUCUUAAUGAAGGAAAGUGUUUAGAUAAGAGUUCCCAACCCAGGAACCCAAGACAGGGAUCAGGUAGAUGCAAUGAGGGAUAUGUCUAUACUGGUAGAGAAUGUGAAGACGAAAAUGAAUGUGUAAGUGUGGAUCCUAUCUGUGGACCGAAUGCUACCUGCUACAACACAAUAGGCAGCUACCACUGCACCUGUCAGACGGGAUUCAAAUCCUCAAAGGAGACAUUUACUGCUGAGGACUCAUUUUGCAAAGAUAUAAAUGAGUGCACGGAUAAAACACACACGUGUGAGCUCAGUCAGACCUGUUUCAACACACCUGGAUCCUUCAAGUGUGUGUGCCGUGAUGGUUACAGACAAGGACGUGGGGACUUGGCCUGUGAUGAUGUGGAUGAGUGUACGGAGAAAUCUUUUGAUUGUGGCUUAAAUGGCACCUGCCAAAACACGCCUGGCAGCUACACCUGCACCUGUCCUGAAGGGUUCAGGAACCAUAGCAACAACACCAAAGCCCCUUGUGAAGAUGUGGAUGAGUGUGUGGUGAGUCCUCCUGUUUGUGGCCAACACGGCACCUGCACAAACACACCCGGCAGCUACACCUGCACCUGUCCAGCAGGGUUCAGUAACCGUGGUAACAACAGCAGAGCCCCUUGUGAAGAUGUGGAUGAGUGUGUGGUGGGUCGUCCUGAUUGUGGCUCAAACGGCACCUGCACAAACACACCUGGUGGUUACUAUUGCACCUGUGCAGGAGGGUUCAGGAACCAUGGCAACGACCUCAGUGCCCCCUGUGAAGAUGUAAAUGAAUGUGAAGCAAAUCAUCCUGAUUGUGGUCCAAACGGCACCUGCACAAACACACUUGGCAACUACACCUGCAACUGCCCAAAUGGGUUCAGGAACCAUGGCAACAGCCUUAGUGGUCCCUGUGAAGACAUAAAUGAGUGUGAAACGUACCCAGACAUCUGUGGUUCUGAAUCGGAGGGCAACUGCACAAACACUCGUGGAAGCUACACCUGUGACUGUCGUCCUGGUCACAGUAACUAUGGCAACAGACAGGCCAAGUGCACAAAACUUUCCUGUGAUGGGUAUGAAGUCCCAAAUGAGCAGGCUGUUGGAGGUCUGGGGCGUCUCUGGGAGAAGAUGAGGAAGAACUGUGCUGGUCUAAGCAGCGGGGGAGGAGAGACAGCAGGUCAAGGACUCCUCGAGGACAUGCUCACUGGGACGGAUGAGUUCUUGUCCUCUGGCCAGGGUGUGGAUGACAGUAGCCAAGUGACAGGCCUGCUCACCAUGAUGGAGAAAGCCAUGAUGCUCAUCGGACCCCAGAUGAAACAGAACCACACCAAAAUGGAGUCACAGCAUAUAGAGGCGGAGCUUGCGGUGAAAAGAGGUAGAACUCCUCCCACUGGGCCGGUCAUGUUGAGCACAGAGAACGCCUCCUUCAACACCAGCUGGGAAAUGGCUGCAGGCAACGGCACUUAUCCAGGUUUCACUGUGGCUGCCCUGGUCAGCUACAAGAGCCUGGACUCCACCCCCGACUCCUCCUUUCAGGCCCUGAGGGAGAAGAUGGAGGAGGAGGAGAGGAGACAGAAGCAGCAUGAGAAGGAGGAGGAGCAGGAGGAGCAGAAGAAGGUGCUCACGGAGCUCCAGAUCAUCUCCAACGUAGUGACGGCCAGCGUCAGCAACCCAGACACACACAAACUGGACCAGAACGUCAACCUCACCUUCAAACACCCUCAGGAGAGGAAUGAGUCGGAGAGUUUGCGUUACGUGUGUGUGUUCUGGGACAGAGACUCCUGGUCACAGCACGGGUGUGUGUCGUCCUCCACCAGCACACACACCGUCUGCAGCUGCAACCAUCUCAGCAGCUUUGCUGUGCUCAUGGCCCUCUACGACAUCAAGCACACCUUUGAGCUGCAGCUGAUUACGUGGAUCGGUCUGGCCGUGUCUCUGGCGUGUCUGUUUGUGUGCAUCCUGACCUUUGGCCUCUGUCGCUCCAUCAAGGGCACGCGCACCACCAUCCACCUCCACCUGUCGCUCUGCCUCUUCCUCGCCGACCUCAUCUUCCUCUGCGGCAUCAGCCGAGCACAGAAGGCUGGCUGUAGUUUGGUGGCAGGGCUGCUGCACUACUUCUUCCUGGCUGCGUUCAGCUGGAUGCUGCUGGAGGGGGUGCAGCUCUACAGGAUGGUGGUGCUCGUCUUCCACACCAGCCUCCGCCCCGCCUACAUGAUGGCCGCCGGCUACGGAGCUCCGCUGGCCAUCGUCAUCAUCUCCGCCAUCGCCUACCCGCAAGGAUACGGCACCGACCAACACUGCUGGUUGUCUCUGCAACGUGGUUUCAUCUGGGCGUUCUUCGGCCCUGUGUGCAUCAUCAUCUUCCUCAAUGCCUUCUUCCUAAUCAUCACACUCUGGAAGUUGGCUGAGAAGCUCACCAGCCUCAACCCGGACCUCUCCAACCUGCAGAUGAUCAAGGGUUUCACAAUGACUGCGAUGGCUCAGCUGUGUGUCCUGGGAGGCAUGUGGAUAUUUGGCUGCUUCAUGUUCCAGAGUGUGGCCAUGGCCUACCUCUUCACCAUCCUCAACAGCCUACAGGGGGCGCUCAUCUUCCUUAUGCACUGCCUCAUGUCAAAACCUGUGAGAGAUGAGUAUGCCAAGUUCCUGAGUGGCAUCUUCACCCCAGAAAAGAGGAGAUACCCAGAGUACACCUCCAAUCCUUCCAGCAACAGCCAGCAGCCUUUGAAGUCCAACUCAAGUACGGGGCAGUCACAACUAUGAGACGACCUCGGACCUUCAGAAGAUCCACAAUGCUUUGCAAGCCCGGGACUCUUGCAUUCUGAAUAUUGGCUGGUCUCCUUUUUUAUGCCUCUUGUGUCCCCUCUCUCCCCAGCCAAUAGGGUGACAAUUCAAAUAUGGACUUCCUGUGUCCAAUCCAAUCAGAACAAGUUGUGGCAGCUGUCUUCUUUUGUGUUUUGUCUCCACCAAUGGGAGAACAUCUACAGUGUAUUUACUAUAUUUUUAUCAACCAAUAGAAGAAGCUUUCCUUCUGCCAUAGCCAAAGGCAGCUCAGGAGUUGGGAAUACGAAGCCAUUUUACAAGUAAGAGAAGGUGAAGAAAGGUUAGGAUUCAUGAUGUGUCGUAUCAUGCGGUCUGUUCCAUGUGCAGUAUUUCAGUAGAAGUUGAUUGGAAGUUUGCACUUUCUGACAUUCCUAAAGAAAGCUGGUCCGUUUUCUCUGAUGUUUGGACCUGAAGCCAA